AAUGGCCCGUUGGUAUCCAUGCUGCCCCGGGGCUCUUUUGUGAGCUCCUCUCAGUCCUCUGUCAGUUAUGCUCCACACUUCUCCAAGAUCAACAGAAGAGAUGGAGCGGGAGGCUGGUCUCCCCAGGUGACAGAUAGACAUCCUUGGCUGCAGCUGGACCUCAGGGACAGGAUGGAGGUGACGGCCGUCGCCACACAGGGGCGCUACGGAGGCUCAGACUGGGUCAGCGGCUACCUGCUCCUGUUCAGUGACACUGGCCGAGCCUGGAAGCAGUACCGACAGGAGGACGGGGUGGGGAGGUUUGUGGGGAACGUGAAUGCUGACGGUGUCGUCCACCACAAGUUGUCCCACUCUAUCAGAAGCCGCUUCCUGCGCUUCGUUCCCCUGGACUGGAACCCCAGUGGCUGGGUGGGACUCAGAGUGGAGGUCUACGGCUGUGCCUACAAAUCAGACGUGGCAGACUUUGAUGGCAGAAGUUCCCUGCUCUACCGGUUUAACCAGAAGUCCAUGAGCACGGUGAAGGAUGUGAUCUCAUUGCGCUUCAAGAGCCGCCAGGCUGAGGGGGUGCUGCUCCAUGGAGAGGGUCAGAGGGGCAAUUACAUCACACUGGAGCUGCACCGGGCCAGGCUGGCCCUCUACCUCAACCUGGAUGACACAAGGCUGCGGUUCAGCAGUGGGCGUGUUGCGGUCACUCUCAGCAGUCUUCUGGACGACCAGCACUGGCACUCUGUCCUCAUCGAGCGCUUCAACAAGCAGGUCAACCUCACCGUGGACACCCACACACAGCACUUCAGGACCAAGGGGGAAGGAGACUCCCUGGAGGUGGACUAUGAGCUCAGCUUCGGGGGCAUCCCACUGCCAGGUAAACCUGGUACCUUCCUGAGGAAGAACUUCCAUGGCUGCAUGGAGAACCUCUACUACAAUGGGAUCAACAUCAUCGACCUCGCCAAGCGACGCAAGCCUCAGAUCUACAGCGUGGGCAACGUGACCUUCUCGUGCUCUGAGCCCCAGCUGGUGUCCACUACCUUCCUGAGCUCCAGCAGCAGCUUCCUGUCACUCCCGGCCACGCUGUCUGCUUCGGGGGGCUUCGCUGUGCGUUUCCAGUUCAGAACGUGGAACCCAGAUGGGCUACUGCUCUCCACCCGGCUGGCCCUGGAGCCCCAGCGACUGGAGCUGCAGAUCAGCAACAGUCGGCUGCGCCUGACCCACCACAUGUCAGCCCAGCAGAAAGAAGAGGUCUCCACCGGUCACAGAGUGAAUGAUGGACUGUGGCACUCUGUGAGUCUCAGCUCCCGAGGUCUCCAGGUCACCAUGACUCUGGACAAUGAGCCGUCCUCAACUAUGGAGCUGGGAGACCACAUGGAGGCAGGAGACAGCCUCUACUUUGGAGGUUGUCCGUCUCUGAACGUCUCGUUCUGUGAGAACCCCACGUUGGCGUUCCAGGGGUGCAUGCGUCUCUUCUCCAUCAACAGCCAGCCCAUGGACCUGAACCUGGUGCACCAAGGACGACUAGGAGACUACAAGGAGCUGCAGUUUGACACAUGUGGCAUCCAUGACAGAUGUCUGCCCAACUUCUGUGAACAUGGAGGGCAGUGUUCCCAGUCUUGGAGCUGCUUCUACUGCGACUGCUCUAGGACAGGAUACACUGGAGCCACCUGCCACAACUCCAUCUAUGAGGCAUCAUGUGAGGCCUACCGUCUGACUGGCAGCUCCUCAGGCUACUUCUCCAUUGAUCCAGAUGGCAGUGGUCCACUGGCGCCCACACAGGUCUACUGCAACAUGACAGAGAACAAGGUGUGGACAGUAGUGACCCACAACAGCACAGAUCCAGUCAGGGUCCAGGGUUCUACACUACAGAAGCCCUACGUUAUGAAGUUUAACUACAGCGCCUCACCUGAACAACUGAUGGCCCUCGUGUCCGGGUCAGAGCAAUGUCAACAGGAAGUUAUGUACAGCUGUAGGAAGUCCCGCCUCUUCAACACCAGAGAUGGACCUCCCCUGUCCUGGUGGGUGGACCAGAGUGGAGAGAGACGGACCUACUGGGGAGGCUUCCUGCCAGGUGUUCAGCAGUGUUCCUGCAGCCUGGAGGAGAACUGCAUGGACAUGAACUACUUCUGCAACUGUGAUGCCGACACAGACUCAUGGGCUAAUGACACAGGAGUACUUUCUUACAAAGAGCACUUACCAGUGAGUGAGAUCGUGAUUGGAGACACCAACAGAACAGGCUCUGAGGCGCUCUACAGAAUCGGCCCGCUGCGUUGUUAUGGCGACAAGUCUGUGUGGAAUGCAGCGUCCUUCUACCAGGAGUCAUCCUACCUGCACUUCCCCACCCUCCAGGCAGAGCUCAGCGCUGACAUCUCCUUCUACUUCAAGACCAGCGCUCCCUCAGGAGUCUUCCUGGAGAACGUGGGCCUCAAGGACUUCAUCAGAGUGGAGCUCAGCUCUCCGUUCACAGUGACGUUCUCCUUUGAUGUGGGAAACGGGCCGGUGGUCCUGGCCAUUAAGUCCCACAUGCCCCUGAAUGACAGGCAGUGGCACUAUGUGAGGGCGGAGCGCAGCGUGAAGGAGGCCUCACUGCAGGUGGACCAGCUGCCCCUGCGCUUCCUGGAAGCUCCAUCUGAGGGACACCUCCGCCUCAGUCUCAACAGCCAGCUGUUUGUGGGGGGAACAGCAGCUAGGCAGAGGGGCUUCUUGGGUUGCAUCAGAACUCUGACUAUAAACGGUGUGACCUUUAACCUGGAGGAGCGGGCUAAGAUGACCCCGGGGGUGAGUGCUGGCUGCCCCGGCCACUGCAGUGGCUCCAGCAGUCUCUGCCACAACAGCGGGAGGUGCAUUGAGAAGAACAGCGGCUACGUCUGUGACUGCUCUCAGUCUGCCUAUGGGGGGCCCUCCUGCAAGGAAGAGGUGUCUGUGUCGUUUAACAGAGAGUCGUCGGUGACCUACACCUUCCAGGAGCCUUUCUCUGUGAUGCAGAAUAGGAGCUUCCAGGCCUCCAGUGUCUACAGAGGGAACAGCAGGGCCAGAGAGAACAUGGCUUUCAUCUUCAUGACCACACAGAGCCCUGCCAUGCUGCUCACUGUCAGCACCUUCAGCCAGCAGUACAUAGCAGUCAUCCUGGCACGCAACGGGAGUAUCCAGAUCUGGUACCAUCUCCAUGUGGACAGGAGGCCAGAUGUGUUCAGUCCCAGACCCUCCAGCCUGGCAGACGGACGCCUCCACCGUAUCAGAAUCCACCGUGAGGGAAAAGACGUCUACCUACAGAUUGACAAGGACAUGAACCUAAAGUACUGCCUGUCAUCAGAUACAGAGUUCAUCUCCAUCAAAUCACUGACCUUGGGGAAGGUCACAGUUGACACUAUGGAUGAGGAAGUGAUGCAGGCAGGAUCUAAGGGCUUCAUUGGCUGCCUGUCCUCAGUCCAGUUCAAUCACAUGGCUCCACUGAAGGCAGCGCUACUGAACCGUGCCAACUCAUUGGUCAGCGUACGGGGUCACUUGGUGGAGUCUAACUGUGGUGCGCUGGCUGACUCAACAAUAUUUCACUCUCAAUCAGAUCAUUCAGGGACAGUCGGCAGAGGGCCAUUAAGGAACGCUUCACAAAGCAACUAUGCGGUAAUUGGAGGUGUGGUGUCAGCAGUAGUCUUCAUCACUCUGUGUGUAGUGGUGGUGAUGACCUGUUUCCUGUACCAGCACCGGCAGGCCCGGAGAGACGCCAGCAUCAAGGAGAAGGAGCACCGGACUAACCUGGAAACAACCUACCGGAGAGAAGCAGCCUACCAGGCAGAACCAGCCUACCGGACAGAGUUCCACCUCCAUGACAGUCAUAGCUCCACCCUCAAUGACAACAGGGAGUACUACAUCUGAACACCUGUGUCCCAGUCCCCUGGUCAUCAGGGAAGGCCUCUCCUCUGAAAGUGGAUUGGGAAGUGGAGAUGUCACUGCAGAAUUCCGGACAAGAAAAUGGCCAAGUGUCC